AAAGCCCUUGGCCAGCCCGGGGGGCGCGUGGCCACAGGCUCUCCAUGGCGGCGCCUGCCCGGAGGCGGCUGCGGCCGGCGAAGGCGGGGCCGAGGCGGGGCAGGAGGAGGCCGUCGGGCCGGGCGGGGGCAGCAUGGCCGGGCGGGGCGGCGGCGGCGGGCAGGUCGGGGCGGAGGGGCAGGGCGCGGGGCGGAGGCGGGGGCAGCUGCUGCUGCUGCCGCCACCGCCACCGCAGCGCCGCCGGCCUCCCGAGCAGCAUGCGCCUCCUGCUGCAUCCCCCUGGCUGCGCCCCGUGCAGAGCCGCGCCUGGGAGGCCCGAGCCCCGCAGCUCCCGGAGGGCGGGUGGCGCCGGCCCGCGAUGGGGGAGCCGGCGGGGGGCUCGCCGGGGCGCCGGGGCGCGCGCUGGGUGCGCGGGUGGGCGCGCUGCUGCUGCCGGCGCGCGCCCCCCAGGCGGCAGUGGCGUCUGCUGGCGGCCGGGCUGACCUGCUGCACCGUGCUGGCCUUGUACGCCGCCAGCAGCCUGCAGGACCUGCCCCUGCUGCGGCGCCCCCGCGACGAGGAGGACGAGCCCCUCCGCGUGCUGCUGUGGUGGGAGCCCUUCGGGCGCAGCCGGCCCCUGGGCGACUGCCGGGCGCGCUACAACAUCAGCGGCUGCAGCCUCAGCACCAACCGCAGCCGCCCCCAGGAGGCGCACGCCGUCCUCUUCCACCACCGGGACCUCAUCCUGCACGGCGCGGAGCUGCUGCCCCGGGCCAGGACCCCCGCCCAGCGCUGGGUUUGGAUGAACUUCGAGUCGCCCACCCACACGCCCGGACUGCACGGCCUGGCCGGCGUGUUCAACUGGACCAUGUCCUACAAGGUGGACUCGGAUGUCUUCGUGCCCUAUGGGUACCUGCGGGCCAGGCAGGCACCUGCCCGCCUCAGCUUGCCCCGCAAGACCAAGCUGGUGGCCUGGGUCAUCAGCAACUGGAACGAGGACCAUGCCCGGGUCCGCUACUUCAACCAGCUGAAGAAAUACCUCCCCAUUGACAUCUACGGGGCCCAGGGCCUGGAGCUGAAGGACGACAGCGUGGUCCAGACCGUGGCGGAGUACAAGUUCUACCUGGCCUUCGAAAACUCCCAGCACCUCGACUAUAUCACGGAGAAGCUCUGGAGGAACGCCUUCAAGUCCAGGGCCGUGCCCAUCGUGUUGGGGCCCCCCAGGGCCAACUACGAGCUCUUCAUCCCCUCUGAUUCCUUCAUCCAUGUGGAUGACUUUGCCAGCCCCGGGCAGCUGGCCAUCUACUUGAAGUUCCUAGAUAAAAACAAGAGCAGGUACAGGAGAUAUUUCGCCUGGCGGAAAAGAUACGAGGUGCGGGUGACUUCGUUCUGGGACGAGCACUGCUGUCAGGUUUGCGAAGCUAUCAGGGCCGCGGGGAACCAACGCAAGACUGUUCAGAACCUGGCCAACUGGUUUGAGAGCUGACCCGGUUGGGCCGGCGAGAUGUCCACCGAGGGAAUCUUUCAGAGUAAAAAGAGAGAGAGAGAGCAAAAGAUGAUGGGCCUUCUCAGAUAUGACAUGCGAGGAGGGGGAAGGAAACUCUCAGGGUUUCGGUCUGAGGUGCGCUCACGGUGUCUGCUUCAGUCACCGCACUGUGAGUCACCCCAUAUUGUUGCCUUCCUUCCUCGCUGUUGUGCAACAUGCUCUAGCCCAUAGGUGUCAAACUCGCGCCCCUCCAGAUGUUAUGGACUACAGUUCCCAUCAUCCCCUGC